UCCCGGCAAGCCACGCGGCCAGGCCGCCGCUGCUGCUCCUCCUGAAUCCCGGCGUGCUUUCGGGGCGAGUGAAGAUGGCGGCAGUCCGGGAGGAUGCAGGGGAAGAUAAAGAGAACCGGGCGGUGGAGCUGGGCGCCACCCUCAGCCUAGAGAUCUUGCAGAUCAUCAAGGACUCGCAGCAACAACAUGGCCUACGACAUGAAGACUAUCAGCGGUACAGAGGUUACUGUUCACGCAGACUACGCCGUCUCAGGAAGGCACUUGGCUUUAAAAUGGGAAACCGCCACAAGUUCACGGGCAAGAAGAUCACAGCUGAUAUUCUGUCAGAUAGCAGGUAUUUGCUGCUAGUUCUAAUGGAUGCAGAGCGAGCUUGGAGCUAUGCCAUGCAGCUGAAACAAGAAGCAAACACUGAACCUCGCAAACGGUUCCACUUGUUCUCUCGGCUCAGGAAAGCUGUCAAGCAUGCAGAAGAGCUGGAACAUUUGUGUGAAAGCAAUUGCGUUGAUGCAAAAACCAAACUGGAAGCUCAGGCAUAUACUGCUUAUCUUAAGGGAAUGCUGAAUUUCGAGCUGCAGGAAUGGAAGGGUGCUAUGGAGGCUUUGCACAAGUGCAAGACAAUCUAUGAGAAGCUAGCUAGUGCAUUCACAGAUGAGCAGGCGGUGCUAUACCGUCAACGGGUGGAGGAGAUUUCACCCAAUAUCCGUUACUGUGAUUAUAAUAUAGGUGACCAGACAGCAAUAAAGGAGUUGAUCCAAAUGCGAAUGAAAUCAGGGGAGAGUGGAGGGCUGUUAGAUACUCUGCUCACGCAGACCAGGGCGAAGCACGCUGCCACUAUGAGUGAAGUAGAAUGGAGAGGGCGGGUCAUCCCCGUGAAGAUCGAUAAAGUGCGCAUCUUCCUCCUUGGGCUAGCAGAUAAUGAAGCUGCAAUCGCACAGACAACAACUGAUGAAGCCAAGGAGCGUCUGUACGAGAGCCUGUUGAGUGAGUGCCGUGAUGCUAUCCAGGCAGUCCGUGAGGAACUGAGGGUUGAUCCGGCACAGAAGCAACGGGAGCGAUCUCUAGAGCCUGACUCGGGGAAGGUGUCUGUACUGCAAUACCUCCAUAGCUACCUUACAUAUAUUAAGCUUUCCACGGCAAUAAAGCGUAAUGUUAUCAUGGCUGAAGCCUUGCAAAAGCAACUGAGUGAGCCAUCGCAAGAUGAUGGGAAACGUGUGCUGCGGCCACAGGACCUGAUCCGACUCUAUGACAUUAUCCUGCAGAAUCUUUCCGAGCUGGCACAACUCUCAGGGCUAGAAGAUGAUAAAGAUUUCCAGACGGAAGUGGAGCUGAAGACUUUAGUUUACAAGGCCUACCGGUGUUUCUUCAUUGCUCAGUCUUAUGUGCUCGUAAAAAAAUGGAGUGAAGCUCUGGUUCUAUAUGAGCGAGUCCUUAAAUACACUUCGGAGGCACAGACCCAGACUGCCAAAUUGCCGAGUAUUUUACAGGAUCUUCCUGAUGUGAAAGAACUAGCUGCACGAGUGAAUGCUGAGAAAUACUCUGUGCAGGCAGCUGCUAUUUUAGACACUGAGGACAUUGCUGACAAUGUGUCGCAGCAUCAGGUCAAAGACAGUAAGCCUCUCGGAGAGUGUUUGGAUGUAUUCUGCGUCGACCCCUCUUUGGUCACCAAACAUGCCAAUCUAGUGCGGUUCCCGCCAGACUUCCAGCCAAUUCCCUGCAAGCCCCUGUUCUUUGACCUGGCUCUGAACCAUGCCGUUUUCCCAGCUUUGGAGGAUAAAGUGGAACAGAAAGGACGAGGAGGCUUCACUGGUUACAUCAAAGGUUUCUUUGGCUUCCGUGGCUGAAGUGUGGAGGAGAUUAAAUGUCUGUGUUUCAUGGAAAGGUCUGUCUAUUGCUGCAUCUUUGGAAGCAGUUCUAAUGCUUCAGAUGGUAGUAGAGACAGAAUAUGGCAGACUGAAUUCAACCCUCGUGCUAGCCUGUCAAGAUGCUGGAAUCAAACAACUACAGCACUGAAUGCCCCUUGUUUCCUAUAAACAAUGAACACACCUGAGUUUAUGGUGUCAUUUCCUGUCAGCAAGCCAGUAAAUUACUAAUAUACAGGCUCCUCAAACUGUUUAAUUUUUUUACUCAGCCAAAAAUUAUGCCACCAAACCUAGGUGGAGCAGUCAGCUAAUUUUUUUUCUCCUGCCCUUAUGUGUCAAUCUGAUUGUGGGUGUUGGUCAGAACCAGUAGAACUGGGGGAGUGUUAUCGUAAAUUAGGUGAUGACUCAUUGUUGUGCUAAUUUGUUUAAAAUAGCUGAUUAAGAAGUGAUUAAGCAGCAAGUUAUCCAGAUAGAGUUCAGUCAGAGAACCUUUAAAAUAUGUUGCAUAUUAUUUCUCCCUUCCCCCCUCCUCUCUCUGCCUCACUAUCACUUCCUUCCUCAACCAACAGAGCACUCGAUUCACUCUUACAGUAAUCUGGCUACUAUUUAUGUUAAUACAUGCAGCAUUCCAAAUCUACAUUGGGUCUUACAAUUUACGCAUCUUCAUUCCUGUUGUUGAGGGUGUUCGAUUGUUUAAGAGAACCACGAUGCUCCUAAUUUCUCACCAGGUUUUAGUCUGGCACUGACUCCUUGCACCAGACUUUCCAUUCUUAGUGAGGGUUUCUUGCUAAAUUAGGUGAAGAAUAUGAUCAUAGUCCCAUUCUUGUAAGGGUCUGGACAGAACAGUUGCCCUUUUGUCGUGUAUUCUUGAACAGGACCCAGUGGAGAGGAGUCACUGAAGAAAUCUCAAACAAACAAUUCAGUGCCCACAACAAUUCCCCAUGCAGCUGACCAAAUACCAGUCUGCAGACCUCAAAUGUGCUUGUCUUUCUUUAUUUUGACAGCUGCUGCAUACAGACAGGAGUGAAGGCUUGGUGUUGGUUCACCAUUGCAGUUUAACAUAAUUGUCCAGUUCUUUAAGUCGUGCUUGGUAGUAGCAGGCCAGCCGAGGAAACAGUACACAAAACCAGUGUAGUGCUGGGUUAUGUUCAUUCAACUCUGUACUGAAACAGAGCCAAUUCAGUGCCACCGAUUUUUUAGCCUGUUGAAUUAAUUUCUCACUGAAGAACUUGCGAACUAUUUAAUAUAAUCAAUCCCAAUGAAAACCUGGAAGCAUUCCCUUUUGUUUUUAAAAUGUUCUACCAAGGCAAAGGAAAAGUUUGAGAGGAAUGGAUCUGUACACUGAGAGUGUAUCAUCAAUCCCUAUGUGUUUGAGUGAACUGAAAUUAAAAUCAACAAAGAUUUAUGUUUUCGCCACCUACUUUAACCUUGGACAAAGUUACUAUCAAUAGAUUAAAUUGGGAAAUGUUUUGUUUAGAAGUCCUGAAAUAAACUCUUUACCAAAAAGUGUAUGUUGUAACUGUGUG